AUGCUGACAAACCAUCACUGCCGCGUCGUCGGGGUAGAAAAGUUUUCCGCAGACGCACAGGAUGGGAAGUGCAAGUGCGUCCCGGACCCGUGCACAGCGCUCAAUGCAGAGCUUGUAGAUCGUAGCAGUGGAGAAUGCAGAUGCUGGUGGCGCAAGAAAGGCAUUGCCGCCGCGCUGGAGGCACACUUCAACGGUUUGGCAGGUCAAGCGGCCUAUGGCGCGAACAACCAAUGCUCCACGUCUCUCGGGUCGCGGACGAUCUUUCUCAACACCACCAAAGCAGGGUGCAGCUGCGCCAGGAAGCACAGGCUCGCGGAUUCGCGAAGGGCACUGCCCGUGGACAUCGCAGCAGUGGACUUCUGCCGAGCGGCAGCGGACCAUGUCAGGGACAUCUUCUGGAAAAAGGCCAAAGGGAAAGGCGAGAAAAAGAUGUCUACGUUUGCGAAGAUCAUGGCCAGACCGGGGGGGUUUUCGCAGAGAUUUUCGCGGGAGGCCAUGAGCAACGCAACGGAGAUUUGCGAGCGGGUCCUUACCGGUGAUUUCAAUGCUGUCAAUGCUUCCCAACAAAGUGAGGAACUGCUUUGGGCUGCAAAGGCUGGAAACCUGUCCGAGCACGAGAAUGCUGAAGGUCUCGGCCGCCUAGAUGCUUUGGUGCGGAACAUGUCUAACCAGUCGGAGAAAGCUCGCUACAAGUCUCAUUUGGAGAAGGUUUGCCGGGACGAAUGCAUAAGCAUCGUUGAGGCGACUGUGAAGAACAUGGGGCAAAUCGACAUGGAUCGUAACCGAGGCAUCACUUGGCUGCAUGCAUGUUCGGAGCGCGUGGUCAAGAAAGUUGAGGGCGAGAUGCUCGGCUGCUGCGGCCGAGCUUGUGGCUGGAACAAAAACCAGUCUUCGUGCACCAAUUGGCCCUUCCUUUCUGUUGACCGCCGGGUACGAUGGCAAAAACAAUGCUGCAGCGAGUACAACGUACUCAAUGGUUCCGCGCGGCAGAAGAUGUGCAACUCUGUGCUGACCCCUGAGCAAGCAUCCCUGGUGUCCCAGCAUGACAGACCAGAGCCAAAAGGCAAUGACACAGGCGCCGUGCUCGUUGGGCAGGACCCUCCCCUUUUCUGGACAGAGAAGGGCACCCAGUCGGAAGUCGGGCAGGAGUUUGCCGAUGAGGCAGUAGCAAACGAGUCCGUGUCGCAGGAUGUCCUUCUGCUGUACCCGGGUAUCCGCAGCGAAGGCCUCAAAAAAGGGUGGUUCAUUGAAGAGGAAAACCGUCCCAACAGCUGGUGGCACUGGCUGAAUCCAUGGACCUGGACAAGCCGUAAAAGUUCCGGACGCUCCCUCAUGGCAAAGAUAGAGGAGCCUGCAGAUCAGUUCACGGGGGAGGAGGAUUCGGAAGAAGAUUGGUACGAGGAUGACCAGUGUUUGACAACGCCGGAUCAGUCGCAGGAUUGCUCAGAAGAAGACCUCCAAGAUCAUUUGGAGGGAUGUGACGAGAAGAACCGGUGGCAGCCAUCAAGGCAGUCUGGCCCAUGUACGCUGUCUGAUGCCGUAAAGGUUCAGACGUCGCAGGAUUGCGCUAGCCUUCCGGCCACAAGUUGGAAACUCGAUGCGGAAUCCGGAAGGGAGCUUGAUCGUUACUUCAAGUUUGCGAGGGGGGAACCCCUCAAGUGCUACAUUGCACACGAACAGCAUGCGACUCCAUGCAGCUUUACAGAAGUGACCGACUAUAAAGUCGAGAUGGUCUGGUACGUGCUGAUCAGGGAUUCGGCUACCAGCACCAGCCCUUGA